GAGAUAAUUAUAAUGUUAUAUAAUAUUAUGAGAUUUAUAUAAUUUAUAUAAUAGUUAUAAAUUAUAAAUAAAUAAUAACUGCUACUACAAAAAAAAUACUAAAUGCUUACUUAUGUACUAAAUUUACUGUACUUUUAUGAUAAAAUCAUAACAGGUUUUUAAAUAUUUUUACCACAAUUUUUUUAAUAACUAAUUUAAUUAUUUACUUUUUAUUUUUUUUAGUUAAUAAAAUUACCUAAAUUAAAAACAACUACUCUCAUAAAAGUAAAUAGAAGUUGGUUAAUUGACGUCUCUUUACGCAUGCGCCAUCUUGUCCACCAAUAGUGAACGAUGGCGGCAAAAUAAUCAAUGCGCUUGGCUACUCUUUUUGUUUUAUGGAUUAAAGUUACAAAUUAUUUUUGUUCAUUAAUAAUUUUAAAAUGUUAAUUUGAUUUAUUGAAUAGUUAAUGGCAUUUUAUUUUGAACUAAAAUUAAUUUAGUUUUAAAAAUGAAUUAAUGUGGGCGUGGCCUGUGGCCGGGGGGGUUUCAGUGGGAGGGGAAGUGGGGAUAGUGGAAGGGUGGGUACGGCUUCGUGCUUCGCUGCGCGCAGGUCUCUCGUCAGUUGUCGUUGUGCUGCCGGUGAGGCAACAGCACUUGGUGGAAUUCUUGCCGGUUCGCGCGCCAUAAAGUUCAGCAACUUUUCAAGUACGCGGCACAUAUGCCGCUUUUACAUCGGGACGCAAGUCGCGGUGGCGGCGGUUCGCGGGAGAACCGCCGCUCGAUGGCAGAGAUCCUGAGCUUCGACGCGAGCCUGUUCGCCAACGAAGCCGCUGCUCCUAGGCCGAGUCGCGUUAACGGGCAGGAUGACAUCUGGCGCUGGGAGCCGCCAGGCAGCCCGGAGGCGGCGCAGAGCCCGCGGACGCUGGUGCCGGCCAGCUGCUUCCCGCCGCAGCACCCCAGCGGCUUCGGCAGCUUCAGCGAGAGCGCUCGGCCCGGCAGCUGGGCCGCCGACAACUUGGAGGGGAUGCCCGAACUUGUGGCCUCUUUCAACGCCAUGUCCGCGUCGUCCAACUCCGCGCGCAGGAACCACCACUCCUUCCGCUCCGGAGUCAGCUACGAGCCGCUGGACAGGGAGCAGGAGGCCAGUCCGGCGGACGGCUCGGCGCCGGCGCAGCAGCGCGCGCUCACUCGCCGCGCUUCCUUCAGUGGGGUGGUGGAGACGGCCCCGAAGCUGGUGCGCUGGAGCGGCGUGCUGGCGCCGCGCUGCAUGGAGCCCAACCCGCCGGGGGGCUACUCCGCCAAGGUGUUCAUGGGGGGUCUGCCCUGGGACAUGAGCGAGGAGGCGCUGCUGGAGGCGCUGCACCAGUUCCACCCCAUACGCGUGGAGUGGCCGGGGCGCGAGGCGGCGCCGCGCGGGUUCGCGUACGUGACGCUGGAGAGCGAGCGGCACGUGCGCGCGCUGCUGGGCGCGGCGCGGCGCGCGGGCCGCAAGUGGCUGCUGCGCGUGGCGUCGCGCUCGCAGCGCAGCAAGGACGCCGAGGUCAUCCCGUGGGCCGUGGCCGACAGCGACUGGGUGCUGGGCGGCGAGCGCGGCGUGCGCCUGCAGCCCGAGCGCACCGUGUUCGUGGGCGCGCUGCACGGCGUGCUGUCGGCGGCGGCGCUGGCGCAGAUCAUGAACGACCUGUUCGCGGGCGUGGUGUACGCCGGCAUCGACACUGACAAGAGCAAGUACCCCAUCGGCUCGGGCCGCGUCACCUUCGACAACAUGCGCUCCUACGUGGCCGCCAUCUCCGCCGCCUUCGUCGAGGUGCGCACCGACAAGUUCGUCAAAAAGAUCCAAGUGGACCCGUACCUGGAGGACUCGAUGUGCUCGGUGUGCAACCUGCAGCAGGGGCCCUACUUCUGCCGCGACCCGCAGUGCUUCUGCUACUUCUGUCGCACGUGCUGGGGGUGGAAGCACCAGUCCGACAGCCACAAGGCGCUCAUGCGCAACUCCAAGAACGGCAACGUGCAGCCGAGCGGCGUCGGCGGCAGCGUCGGCAGCGUCGGCCGCGCCGUCGGACAGCCGCCCGGCGGCGAGCACAGCCACAGCAACGGCUACGCGCAGCACAACGACGCGACCCCGUCCCCGCCCCCCAGCGGCGGCGAGGCGGAGGAGGCGCUCCCGUGGAACGGCGUCUGAACCGAGCGGACUCGGCGACGCGCACCGACCCCAGGCGUCAGUACUGUAGGGAGUCUCGACAAUACGGAUAAUUAUGGGAAUCAGUAUUCAGAAACGUGGGGAUUUGUUGAAAGUAGCCUUUGGAAGUAUGGGGAAAUGCUGAUACCUAUGAGUAUCGAAAGUUGUGAGCUACAAAAAUAUUGGAAGGUUAGGUAAUGUCGAGGGGGGCGGUGGGGGCGGUGGGGGCGGUGAGCGCGCGUCGACCCCGCAGUGGUAUUUGUGUCGAGCCGCUAUUAAGUUGGGCGCUUCAUCUAAUUGCUUACUUUUGUAGUGUAAACUCAAUCAUUGAUUCUAUCAAUUAAUUUUUUGCCAUUUUUUUGUUUUUUUUUUUACUACUAUUUAUUACUUUGUUUUUGUUAAAAAAUAUUUACUUUAUUAUUAUAUAAAUUACUUGAUUUUGAUUGUGCUAGUGUUAAUUGACUUUUAAAAGCUUUCAGUGAAAGUUUUUGUUAACUAGUUAUUUAUUAGGAAAACUUUCACUGCAUGCUAUACAUUGACUUGGUUAUCUCUUUUUUUUGUAUAAAACCAUUAUCAAAACUUAUUCCAGGCUAUAUUUAUGUAUAAAUUGACUGAUUUAACUUUAGAUAUUUUCAUAUGCUGAAAUUAUUGUCCUUCAGUAACUUGUGCCUAAAGUAGAACAUUUUCAACAAUUUUAAGGUGCCUUUAGUUGUCGCCAUGGAGUUACAACUUUUAAACUUUUUAGAUGAAUGGCUUUUAAAUGUAAUCAGUGAAUUUUAUAGUUUUAGGGAAUGUUUAAAAAUAUAAUUAAAAAUUGUAAAAUUAUAACACAGUAUCAAAUGCUGUUUUUAACUAGCUUGUUAGUUGAUUUUAGAAUAUACAGAUCAAUGUUAUCAAUUAUGAAUAAAUGAUUAUAUUCAAUAA